CCCGAAAUCCCCGACAACGUGGGAGAUUGGCUCCGGGGCGUCUACCGCUUCGCCACCGACCGGAAUGACUUCCGGAGGAACUUGAUCCUCAACUUGGGACUUUUCGCUGCAGGAGUUUGGCUGGCCAGGAAUUUGAGUGACAUUGACUUAAUGGCACCUCAGCCAGGGGUGUAGUCAGAUAGACACAUGGAACCCGAGAUGUACUUGAACCUCCAAACACAGAGCUUCCAAUCUGUGACCAUCACAAGACUUUCCCUGAUAGCAGCCGAAGUUUGAUUCACAUGGCUACCUUCCCUGCCUGCUUCCCUUCGCCGGGUCUACGCAGAAUUCAUUCUCUGGUCCGCAGUCAGGCUUCAGCUCAAGUGUUGUCCUCUGUUUUGUAAAGUCCUGUACAUGAUUCCUAAGUUUCGGUAGAGAGUGAUCUUUGCUCUUUUCUUGAGGAAUAACCUGAUGGUAUUUUAACAAUUAUCUGAAAUAAAGACUGCACACAGAGACAGCCAUUUUUUGUUUUUUUAAUAAGAAACUUCAGCUUACAAAAACAAGGUGUAAAAAGUUGAUUUACAAAAAUCAUAAAAACAUGAUUUACAUUUCACAGACGAGAUAGGAACAAGCCCAAACACGGUUGUGGCUUGCUUCAUAGUAAAAGAAAAAAGGAAAUGGAAACUGUAGCCACCACUCACUGAUGUUAACUAGCCUGAAGCUUACUGAGGAAUUUCCACUUUUGAGCGUUACUAGGGGAAGAAUCCUUUCCGUGUUGCACAGCAUGUUAAUGCUCCCGGUGGGUUCCCAGGCACCAGGGAGGCAUUGUUGCUGUAAGAGAAUGGGGUUUAUUGGUGGAAAGGGCAGUGAUCGGCAGGUGGAGGCUAGGUGUUAAGUAAGCCUGGGCGAUGGGCACUGAAGUGAGCAUCUGUCUCCUUGAGAAAACGGCUUCCUGCACAAGGAAAUGUGUUUUCUGACACUGAAACUCAGUCCUGUCGCUGCCCAGGAGCUUGGAGUCUUUGGAAAUGGGGUCUGUAAUGAGCUGGCUGGAAGACUCAUGGAGGAGAGAUGUGGAGAUAGCGACACGUUCCCCUUGACAACCUUUUCCUAGUUGAUUUACUUUACUAGGGAUUUAAAAAAUACUGCUUUUCUGCCAAGUCUCUUAAUGGAACUGGUAUGGGAUAAGGGAAUGAAUGGGAAAGGCAGGUCAGCGUAAAUGUACCGCAGUGGUCUAAUGAUUAUGGUUGACAGAUGUUGUCUCUAGCAACCUGUUCACUAAAAGUAAAUAAGACCAAAUAAUUCCUCUUGACCCUGCUGGCAUAAAUCUUAUUAAGAAAGCUGUUUUGAGAAUUAGAUUUUUAAUAUAUUUUCUUUUAAAAAGCACUCUUCCCUUGUAUUAACUAGUAGGUCCCAUUUGUUAAAAGGAGGGAGUUUGAGCCAGUGAAUUCAGGGCUACGGCUGGCUUAACAUGAAACCUUGAACCUUUAAGAGUCUACAUUGGGACCACAAAGGAUUUGAUAGAUUUAUAUCUUACCAGGUGUUAAGAUGAGGAAGGGUCACAUAUAUGAGAGCAAGGCUUAAAUUUGAAGCCAUCAACCCCAAAAUGGUGACCAGGAAGGAAACUUUUGUGCCACAGCAUAGGUCUAAGCCCCUUCCCACCUGUGUCAGGCCACUGCUAAGACCAGUAUGAGCACCUCCUGUUCUUUAUAACAAUGAAACUUACAUCCUUGGAGUCUGCUACUAGAUCUCAUAAUUGUGAACAGUUCUAUUUCAUAAAUGUUUCCAAGUUAAAAAUCAAAACCUAGCCAGGCUGGUGUGGCUCAGUGGUUGAGCAUCGGCCUAUGAAUCAGGAGGUCAGUUUGGUUCCUGAUCAGCGCACAUGCCCAGUUUCGAGCUUAAUCCUCAGUAGGGGGGCGUGCAGGAGGCAGCAGAUCAAUGCUUCUCUCUCAUCAUUGAUGUUUCUAUCUCUCCCCCUCCCUCUCUCUGAAAUCAAUGUUUUUAAAAAAUCAAAAGCCAGUAAAAUUAAGAUAUGGUAGCUUUCAAAAGCAUUGAAAUUUCACUCAAUUUGAUGUCUUCUAUUGUAUGUCAAUUGAAAGUAAACUUAUUUUUAAAAAUGUUUUAGCUUCAAGUAAUAGUGUUCACUGUUGGUUGUUUUGUAAAGCCAUAUGCUGAUAAGGUGAAGUUUGAUUUAAACUGGCUUAAUUACUCAAAGUGAUAAGACUAGCAAAUAAAGGUACCAAAUAUACAAUUUCAAAAA